AUGGAAAAAGAAAUUGACGCUCAGUUCAAGAAGUUCGACAAAAACCACGACAACCUUAUAAGUCCACUUGAACUUAUUGAAGGUGUGUUAGAAAUGAUAGAGUUGGACCAGAAAGAAUUGAGAGACCCCGAAUGGUGUGGUGGACUCAUCACGCAUUUGAUCAAGGAAGAUCCCGAUUUUGGGAAAAACGAUACACAACAACUUACCAAAGAAGAAUUUGCCAAAGUUUUGAAGGUCUUUCCAGAUAAAGCCAAAUGGGAAAAAGACCGAAAAAGAGUAUUCACACACAUCCUUUUCGACUUGAUUGAUACCGAUCACAGUGGAACUAUUGAAAAAGCAGAAUUCGUCAAAAUUUUGACUGAUGUACCAAAGAGACAAAGAGAUUUAGCUUUUCAGGCUUAUGAUGACAAUGAUGAUGGCAUCAUAGAUCUAGAUGAACUGUAUGGGUUCUUAUUUAAUUAA